UGUUUACCACGUGGUCCUGUGACGCAGCAGGUUGCUGGGACGGCUGGGACAGCCAGUUGUAGUUUAAUUGUUAGCUUACGGUGUAUUUACGGGAGCAGAAGUUUCCGUGGUGCAUCAUUCUCCCCAGUCGGCCCUGCUGACUCUCAGACCUCCACUCGGAGCAUAUAUAACUCUGGCAGUGAAUCCUUGAAACAGAAAAAUACUUGUUCCGAUUCUUCUGACACAGCUAGCAUUAGCCUGCUAGCUCAGUCAUUGAGCUGUGAUGGAGUGGCUGGGCAACGGAGCUUCAGUUCACCCCGACCAAGAGCCAAGCUGUGACCCAGCUUUAGCGGCCAAGGACUUCAGUGGUGUUUAUCCUCACCAGCAGUCACCAUCAUCACGCCUCUGUGAUUGUGCCAUGUCGUCACUGUGCCAGAGCCAGCAGCGCUGUGUGAAAGCCUCCAUCGUCUCCAGCUGGAGGCUGGCUGAAGCUCAGGAUCAGCUCUGUUCUUUAGGUGUCCACAGCUCAGAAUCACUGGAGCAGGAACGUGCUAGGACUCUGACAUGUCCCUCAGAACUUACACACACUGUGGAGGAGUGGCGCCGCAAGGAGAGCAUGCUGGGAGGUCAGGAACUCAGCCGCAGUCCUGUGCUAGGAGCUGUUGGGAGUUGGGACGUAUUUGAUAAGAGUAUCAUCAAUGUUCAAAAUCAGCCUGUAGAAAUGGAUCAAGACAAGUGCUCGUUCCUCCAAAAGUAUGAGCAAGAGCUCAGGCAUUUUGGUAUGUUACGGAGAUGGGACGACAGUCAGCGUUUCCUAGCGGACAUGCCUCAGCUCAUCUGUGAGGAAACAGCAAACUACUUAAUUCUGUGGUGCAUGAGACUACAACAAGAAGGGAAAGAAGCACUUAUGGAGCAGGUAGCACACCAAGCUGUAGUCAUGCAGUUCAUCCUAGAGAUGGCUUCAAACUCUCAGCAGGAUCCUCGAGGCUGCUUCAGGCAGUUCUUCCAAAAAGCCAAAGACGGACAAGACGUCUAUUUAGAAGUCUUCCACACAGAGCUUGACACCUUCAAACACAGAGUGAGAGAAUAUGCGCUCAAGUGUAGAGAUGAUACGCACAACAUCAUAGGACAACACAACACUGGCACAAACUGCAGACUCAACCCCAAAGAAGCUCUGGACUCUUUACCUCCAGUGGCAGAGUAUCCUACAAAGAGCUGUUUAGAGUCCGGACAGUGGACAAACACAAUGAGGUGGACAAAGGACGACGCUACAGAAACAGACGAUAUACGCAUGAUGGAGACCUCCUAGUAAUCAUUGAAUUGGCCCUUGCUUUUUUCCCAUUUUCAUCCUGGCCCACCGUUUAGGAUCAACUUGAGCUUGAACUCUUCUCCGCACAGCAGAAAAGCUGGAAAACACCGGCACAGGAACAGAAAUAAAUAGGAACUUGUGUUUUUUUGUGCUGGAGUUUUCAGAGGAGAACCUGCAGAAAAUAAUGUUUCUCUAGUGACAAAUAUUUCUCAGUGUUGUCUUUGUUAUGUCACUGUAGAAGGCCUCUGCUAAGUUGCACCCUGCAGUGUUUCCCACCAGCUAGAUGCAUGUGUUUUGCAAUGAAUGCUGGUGUUACAUACAGAGCUCACGUGUGCUUAAAUGUGGUUUUCUUGGAAAAAAAAACAACAUCCUCAAGGUGAAGCAGGACAAAACUGGCAAAUUGAAAAUAAAUUCCAGUCAACGCAAAGAGUACGUACACAUGAAGUUCCACACCAAAUCCAGUGCCUGAAGCAUGACUCCGCUCAGAUCGAUGGGUUUGUCCCCAGGGUGGGACAGGUUGCAGUUUUGGUUAAUGGUGAUGGAUUUAAGGCAAAGUGUCUUAGGGUAAAAAGACUACCAUAGGCUAAGUAUGAUGCAAAUACUUAGAUUAAAAUCAUGGGGGAGAAAAAACACAGGUUUGAUUGAGCAUGUUAGCAAUAGAGUUCUCCUAAAGCUGUGACAGUCAGGGGAAUUUAUCUGCUAGAGUAUCCCAGACUUGCUACAAAAUUGUGCAAAUUGUCAGACAUUUUUAUCACCAGUCAUGCCACAAAUAGUCUCUCAUCUGUCACAUGGCUAUCUAAAUUAUUGCUGUAUGAGAAUGAGGAAAAAAGAGGUUGCCUGCAUUGAUAUUGCAGCAAAGACAGAGAGCACUUUAGGUGUCUUAGAUUUCCGUUUGUCCUCCAGGAUUGAACUUUUGUGGCUGCAAUGAAAGCUGAGAUGUAGAGAGGUUUGAUGAUGAUGUUUUGGGUCCGUUUCACCAUGCAGACUUUGUUCAAUGUUUUAGCAUCUGAGCAGUAGUGCACAAUCCCACAUGUCUCUAAUAGGAUAAUCAGAAAGGUUAAAUAAUUUGCUGUGCUGACUCACAUUUGUCUAAAUUGAGGAGACAAAUGUUUUGACAUGGCAGCUUUUAUUUAACAUAUUUGACUUUUUCUUUUGGCUUUCAUCGUUGAUAACUGCUGUUACCUGAUUGGUACCAGUACUUGUUGUUCUGGGAAUGCUGUUAAGAGUAUGCCUAAAUCUAAAGUUCAUACACAUUUUGAAUUAUCUGAGGAAGCUUCGAGCAUCACUUGAAAAGCAGGACAUGGGUGGUUUUAGGGAUACAAAAAAUUGUGACAGUAUUCCUAGUGAUGUCUAGAAAGGCAUAAAGGAGAUGAAAGACCUGCACAUUUUUAGACUACCUCCUCAAUAUGUACAAUUAAAGGGAUAGUUGGACUUUUUUAAGUGGAAGGUAUGAGGUACUUGUCGGCGGUACCCACAGGAGAUCCCGGUCAGUGCAGGACGUUUGUUGAGAAACUGUCUGAUGAACCUGCACAGAAAAAAACCAAACUGUCCCUUUAAGAGCCUUCUUUCACAAAACGUCUACCAUGACUUAUUAUAUAAAAGUUUUUUAAGAAUGCCUUUUUAAAAAGUCCACUUACAAUAACUGCAGAUGACAGUAUUUAUUUUUUUGCUCUCUCAUUAUCCCCCCAUGACAGACUUAUUCAGCCUUCACAAUAAAAGUCUGUAUUUCAUUUCUUUAAGCAGCUCACCAUAAGUGGACAAAAGAUGAGCUGAAGACAAAGGCGCAUCAUUUUACAAGUUUUCAGACACAAUGAUAAGUCAGAGUUUGUUAAUGCCGAGCAUUCAGCUUCCCAAGCAAUCCAGUUUUAAAGGGAUACUUGCAGCAACAUAGCUCUAAUUCUGACAGCUGAGUCAUAAUAAUGUAAAUGGAAAACAUGAGCACUGUGGUUGUCGGUUAAUUUGCUUUUUCAUCAUCUGGAUCAUGCUACUUUUUAAUAAUGUUUCAUCAUUCACAUAAUCAAAGCCUUCAACAGGCACACAUAGCUGAUGGAGUGUAACCCUGAUUACCGGUGACAGAGUGCAUAUCACUGCUUGUUUCAGCAGAUCAGAGGUCUACAAGGCCUGUGUGUGCUUAAUUAAUCUGGUUUUCUGGUCCAGUGGUGAGCUAGGGUAAAACUAGCUUUCAUAAACCAAGCAUUUCAAUCCAGUCAACACCAGAAGUCUCCUUAUUCAGGCACUCCUUGGUUUCCUUGUUAGUGUAUUGGUUCAAGUUCACAAUUUGAGGAGCUAAAACGUCUCUUCAUGGAGCGGGGAGGGGGAAAAGGGCUGAGCUCUCUACAAAGACUUCUACUGUAUGUGUGUAUGCAGAAAAGAGCUCUGAAUCAGAAUGUGUCCUGCACUUUAUAUGUCUCUAUACACAGAUUUUUUUAAGAGGUUGAAAGUGUAUGAAGCACUUGAUGUUAAUAUUCUUCCCUGCACCACAUUUUGGUUUUAUAAUUUUUUAUCAUGUCCCCUUAGAUUUUCAUUUAAAAGCAAACUUUAGGUGAGUUUGUUUGGACUGUGAUGUUUGCCUCUUGUAUUGUGUUUGCUGCUUACUUGUCAGUGUUCAGGGCAGCUUUGACCAGAUUUAUUAGGCUUCCAGUUAACUGUCUUCUUCAAUGAGAAAUGCAUUUUUAUUUAACAAAAUGGACGAAAUAAGUGUGAAAACCCUGCUGAGACACCAUCAGUAAGGCUUUUCCUACACAAUGUGGAACUAAGAUAUCUUUCAUUGCAUUAAAGACCAUUACAUUUGUUUCUGAUUUU